AUGACGGAGCAUGAUGCCGGCCAUCAGGACACACACUCCCGCCAAGCACAGCUCCAAGGCUUGCUCAAUUCACAUAACACUCACGACAGUAGCGAUGCGCCCGGGUUAGGAAUCACCGACACAAGCCAUAACAAACAUUCGGGGGCCAACAGCCACGUCCGUAUUCGUCAGCCUCCAGCUGCUGCCGAGUCGAGCUCGACCGCCACCUCCCCGCCGAGCAUAUUUUCCACGACGACCACAAACGAUAACUCCAUGCUCACAUACCAAACUUCGCGAAAUUCCUCAGCAGGUCAGGCGUCGCCAGUGCUGGAGCGCCAACAACACAAUGCAGCCACCAACGCGAAGGCUAAUACCCGGGGCAGCGGGGUCUCUCGCUCGCGCACGCACAAGAACCGAUCAAGCAGCGCAUUCCUUCUCUCGGGGCCUUUAUUCGAUGGCACAUCUUCAGAUCCCGCUGGGCGCGACAGCAGCUUGUGGCAGAGGCAAGGUUUGCCGCCCGCCACUCGCACGCCCGCGAGGCCCAUGAGCAAUGUCGCUACAAGCUCUGCAGCGGAUAAAAUACUGGAACAGUCGCAAACUUCCACCGCGCAGCCUCCGGUUUCGUCGGUCCCCGCAUCGAGGCCGUCGCUGCUUCAAUCAGAAAAUACCCUACGCCAGAGGCCAACUGCUGCCUCCAAAAGGCUAGAUACUACUAAUGCCUCGAGACCCACUGGCUCGUCUUCUUCCACGGGAAUAGCAACACCAGGCGAAGCCGUGAGCUAUGAAGAUCAGGCCAAUAAAUACAUCGAGACCGGCUUGCCUGGGUUGCCACCAGGUACAGCUUCAUCCAAGUCAUCUUCCUCUUCUGCAAGACAUAGCCUCGAUCUAGAUUCUACCCACAUCGUCAACAUGGCUUUGAGCCUAAGCGAAUCGCGGCGUUUAGCCGCCAGACGAAACAGUUCACAGCCGAUACCUCCAAGUUUGGCACCGAUGCCGGAUAGCUCGUUGUCAGGCGGCCUAAGGCAGCAUCUCCAGCAGCAGAGGCGAUCCUCACGCAAUAUGUCUCCGAGAGCCAGCAGACUCGCAUCGUCCACAUCAGCUGCUCCCGCUGGCCAACAAACAAGGGUCACCAGCCCGCUGCAUGCCUCUUUCGAUAUGGGUGGAGAUGCCAGCGGCUUUCUCUACCAUUGCUCACCAUCGACACUUGCUCGUGUACAAAAGGCCAAGGAUCACUUGGAGCUGCUGGCGCAAUACAGGCGCGUGCUCGAUUUGGUGCCACCUCUCAAGCCAGCUGAUCAUCCAGGCACCUCUUCCUCUGGAGCGCCAGCUUACUUGGAGAACGAGCUGAUGGUGAGACUUGGCCGGGAGUACAAUCCACUGCAGUAUAUACGGAAUCGGAAAGUGAGGGCACGUGAGCGGAAGGCCAUCGAUGGAGAUGCCCAGGGCUUCGGCGAUGUCAAGAACGUUACCGAAUGGGUGGGGCAAAUAUCAGGACUCGCGGCGACGAGAGGAGGCGGGAAAGCGGUUUUGCCCACUUUCGAGCCGGCCGAGAAGCUUGUUGGCCAAGACCAAGCGAAUACAUCCUCUGCCACCGGUGCAACAACCAACGGGCCCAUGGCUUCUUCAAAGCCUAAAAGGCCGAGGGUAGACUGGGUCAUCAAUCCAGCAGAUAUGCUUGCAGAUAUUUACUGGCUCGAGCAGGGCGACAACAAGAAGUAUGUGGAGGAUCGAAACUACAAGCGAGUCUUCCCACAGGGCCACGGCCGUCAAAGAGCAUGGUCUCAUUGGAAAGACAACAACCUCUCAUCUUCGACGCCUGGUGGUGCGAUUGCUGCUGCGAUCGCUGCCGCAUCCGCAACAGCUUCAUCCGCGGCAGCCCCUGCUCCUACCACUACCAUGAAGGACACUAUUGAACAGGGACGGUCAUCCACGUCCUCAGACCAUCGAAAAUCAUCGGAAGAAGUGUCCAGAUAUAGACAGCACAUGCCGAGUGGUGCAAGAGAAAAACUACAGAAGCUGAGGGGACUUCACCACCGCCAUAGCAGUUCGGUCCAUGGCAGCGCACACGAGCUUCUAAGGUUCCGCAGAGGUUCAAUAUCAGACGAGUCCGAAUCUGAAACUGGAUCCCGGAAAAAGCGCAUGGUGCGCAGCCAGACCAUUACCGCCAGUGACAGAGACGCACUCGAGAAACAGAUGCUAGAAAUGAUUGCGCGGGAGAAUAGAAACUCCUUUGAGCAACAGAUGACGGCUUCCAACUCAAGUGGCGUGAACAUAAAGUCGCCUCUGCCGGUCUCAAGCCCUACCGCUCUCAGUUCACCUGAGAGAGUCAAGACCAAUUCUGCAGGACCAAGUCGCCCGCAAAGCCGCUUCAAUUCAAAAGACAACUUAAUCAAAGACUUGCAAAGCGCUUCAGAGAGCAGCAUCCGUGGCAGAACUCCCCACAGGUUUCAGCCUCAACUUCCAAGUGGACCUACGUCCCCAGCCAGUCCAGGUCAAGGCCGUGACAGCUUGGAUGUGCCCAGUUUCUGGGGGCCCCGACAGCGGCGCCCCUCGAUAGACUAUGAUUCCUCCCGACCCACAUCACCAGACAUGCGAGGCGUGCGAGGAACCGAAGGUGCCAGUGGGUUUGUGCUCCCACCAAUUGGCAAGGAUCUCUCUCCUAGUCACAGUAGGUCUGGCUCGCCGAGCAGAAAUCCCUUCAGCCGUGUCAAGCAGAAGCUUCAGCGGGAUAGGAGCCGCAGCAGAGUGCGUGGUGCUUCGGAUGCCGUCACGCCGGGUGCUACUCUUGAUGACCAGCCACUUGGAUCAGUAUCGCCCGGGAUGAUCGAAUCCCCUCCUCGUGCCUUGGUACCUCCGGAGAAGCUCAAACCAUCGCCAUCACCCAGGGAGAAAUACGGUUCGCCACCGCGUAAGGUCACAUCUAGAACAGAUACUAGCAACACAAAGUCCCAGAAGAGCCACACGGGUGAGAUUAAGCGGGAGGACUCUGGGCUUCGUGGCUUCUUCAGUAGAGCACCACCUCGCAUCGACAGUGUUCUGCGGUCCGGUGUCUCCAAAGUUGGUGAUCUCCUGUGGAGAAAAGAAUCUUCCACGGAGGAGACGUCUCCGUCGCCCCAGAGGCCAGAGCUGGAAAAGACAAGAGCAGACAUUGCCAGCUCCGAUUCCGAGGCCUCGGAUACGGAUGUUGCCAACGGUCGGCAAAGGGGUCGUCGUCGCGACGAGUCCCGAAAAAGUACACUCGAACUCGACAACCCGAAAGCGUUGCACCAACAGACGACAUCCGAUCAGGGCAACAAGCACCUGUGGCCAGACGCAUUUGACAGAAAUGGAAUGCACAGUCCAGGGGGUGGGAUGUUAUCGCCUGAUCUCGGGUCUCCCCUGUCGCAUCCAAUGAGCCGGCGCUCUUCUCGAUUCGAGCUACUCAAACCGCCCAAGCUUGAUGUACAAGCUGCGACACCCACUUCACCAAGCGCAUCGCCUGUUUUCCCCAUUCGGCAGGAUAGAAAACAGGACAAGACCAAGGAUGAAAUCCCCGCGACAGAAGCUGGGGGCGACAGCUCGGCCGCAAAGUGGCCGCCUCGUGAGCCUCUUCCCAACAAGAGACAAGGCAUGGAUCAACGCGAGGUUUUCCGACAACGCGCACAUGUAUUACGCACUGGUAUAAUGGCAUCGGAGAUCGCAUCUCGUGGCCUGACGGACAAGGAAGGCUCCCGCCCUUCGAAUAGACAGGCUUCUACGGGCCUAAUGUUGCAGCAACAUUACCCGUACCCGCUUUCCAGCCUUGCGGCCAAACACAGGAAUGAGGCCCUCGCCGCGGCUGAUGCCAUGCAGCAGCUGGCGCAGCAGUGGCACCAGCAGUCGGAGGUUUUCGCGACGCGCACGACACCCUCGCUCAUGUCUCGAAUCGAUGCCCUCCGGUACCAGGUCGCAGUCGACCUGUCGAGUCUCGUCCGGACAGGGGCAGACGAGGCGGACCACAUGGGUCGCGACCUAGUUGACGGGCAGCGGCUGCAGGUCAAGCGGGCAGUGGACAUUAUCGAGAAGCUGCUGCGGCGACGGCGACGGCGGUUCCGGUGGGUUAGGCGCGCAGGCUGGCUGGCCGUCGAGUGGUGGCUCGUCGGGUUCAUGUGGUUCGUCUGGGCGGUCGUCGUAAUCGCGAGGGUCUUUCUCGGCGUGGGCAGGGGGGUCAUUGGCGUUGGACGCUGGCUCCUCUGGCUAUGA